GCUGGAGGCAGCUCUGACCCCUCCCAGGGAGGGAGCUGGGCAGAGACAGCCGAGUGUUUGCAGCAGAGCCUGACCAGGGACCUCAUCCUGCCAAACGCCAUCUCCCCUGCUCCAGCAGCCGGCAUCUCACCGGGCUGAUCCCCCUGGGCGCUGUCCUGUCCAGCUCUCCCCACCCAAGGACAGAGAUGGUGGCCACCUGCCUGCACCUGGCUGGAUUUGUCUGCAGUUUUGUCGGGUGGAUCGGAGUGGUUGUGGCCACGGCCACCAACGACUGGGUGGUGACUUGCGGCUACACCAUCACCACCUGCAGGAAGAUGGACGAGCUGGGAUCCAAGGGGCUGUGGGCAGACUGUGUCAUGGCAACAGGUCUCUACCACUGCAAGCCCCUCGUGGACAUCCUCAUCCUGCCAGGGUACGUGCAGGCCUGCCGGGCGCUGAUGAUCGCCGCCUCCGUGCUGGGCCUGCCCGCCAUCUUCCUGCUGAUCACCGUCCUGCCCUGCAUCCGCAUGGGCCACGAGCCCGGCGCCGCCAAGUACCGGCGCUCGCAGCUGGGAGGGAUCCUCAUCAUCCUCCUGGCCAUGUGCGGCGUCGUGGCCACCAUCUGGUUCCCGGUGUGCGCCCACCGCGAGACCACCAUCAUGAGCUUUGGCUACUCGCUGUACACGGGCUGGAUCGGCUCUGCCCUCUGCCUCUUCGGGGGCUGUGUCAUCGUGUGCUGCUCGGGGGACGCGCAGACCUUCGGCGAGAACCGCUUCUACUACGGCUCUGGCUCCAGCUCGCCCACCCACGCCAAGAGCGCGCACGUGUAGAGCCCCAGGGACGCCCCACGGCUGCUGUCGGAUGCUUUGGCUGGUGGGUUCAUGUGCCCUGGGUUUGCUUCUGCUGUCAGGCUCCCAGGGGGAGAUUUAGAAAAGCAGCACAAACGUCUGGUAGUCUGAAGCAUUAUUCUCCCCAUCUCUUCCCCUCCUUUCUCUAGAAAGACAGCUCCAAGCCAGCCCUACCUCUUGGUCCUCACCGUUUUGUCCCAACCACCUGCCCCAUCUUCUUGCAGCCAGGAUGGUUUGGGGUUGUGGUGUGGGUUUUAGGGCUUUUAGUUUAUCUUCUAGCUCCCCUGAUUGUAGGAGAGUUUAAAGCAAUAAAACAGAAAUGAGAGAGACGCUUUCCCGUUGUUAGGAGGACUCUGACAGCUUCUCCCCCAUCCUUGCUGUUUGAUUUCUCCCACUCAAGGUCACAGCUCUGGCAAGGCUGGGGAGAGAGGAUAGGGAGGAAGGCUGUCCUCUCCCACAGGGCAAAUGUUUCUCUUUUGGAACAAGAGGAGGGGAUUUUUCUGCCUUUCUCUGUAAAUACUUUUGUAUGAGUCUGAUCAUUUCAGUAACAGUGUUUCCCCCACCCCCACAGUCAUCAGUAUGAAGGAAACCGAACCCAAAGGUCCUAAUGACAUGGUAGAUAACAGUGCCUUUUAAAAUAGUUAUAAAUGACUUUGGGGGCUCUAAUCCCUGCCCUCUGGUUUAGUUUCUAUUUUUUUCUUUUGUACAGAUCAGUUACUAAAAAAUGUAUUUUUACAUUUUUUUGAACUCCUUUCUUCUUCUAAGUUUGUGUUCCAUCUUGCCUCGUUAAAGCAGCACAUUUUAACACGCAGUAUAAUGUACCUGUUACAAUACAAUUCUGGUGAGUACUGAUGAUGCCUUUGUACUUUCAGUGAAAUACUGUACAAUAAAUAACAGAGUACCUGCAAACCCUGACUUCUUUUUUUUCCUUCCUUCCUGCGUGUUUCCAUAGCCAGUUUUUCCAUGAUGGGGAUUUGCCUAUGAUUUUGAAGAUUUUUUUUUUUAAUAGCAGUUCUGCUCUGCUGUGGCAUGAAGGAUAUUUAAAGUAUGAGUAAUCUUCCUGCAUGGAAUUGUCCAUUAUCCUUUGGUUCUUUCAGUGCUUCCUGUAGCAGUUCGUACCUGUGGUAGCCACUUGUGGGUUUCUUUAUAUUGGGAAGAAUUAGAAAGCCCCUGAAGUAGUGGUGAUGACCCUGAACGCUGUGAAGUUGAGACCUGGUGUUGCUGGAAGUUUUCUCAGCUAAAGCAGGAGUCUAAUCUGGGGUCAUAACUCUGAUUAAAACUGUGUAAGAUCAAGAUCUAACUCUGUCCUUACUAGUCUGUAGCAAUUUAAUUACCCUGAUACAAAAUCCCAUCUGUUCCCAGAGAUGUUAACUCACUUCAAACAAUUUGUGUAAGCCAAGAGAAGGAAAAGAGGAGUAGCUGCUGCUCACUGGGGCAAGAGGAGAGCCCCAGUGGAGAGACAGGAGAAGAGUCUGAGCAGCCAAGUUUUUUUGAGUGAUGAAUAAUGGGAAAACAAGGCUGUUGGUCAAGCCUCAUGCAUUCUGGACUGUCCUUGGUCUGCUUCAGCUGGAGAAGCCGAACUGAGUGACACAGCCCCGGGCAAGGAUGCUGCAGCUCCCACCUCUCCCCUCCCGCACGCGGGAAGCUGGGGCGUUUCAAAGGAGCCGGCGGGAGGCUGGCUGUGCUCCACGGGCUCCCUUUGCCUGCCUGGCCCAGGGAUGGGCAGCAUCCCGAGCAUCCGCCUUUCCCAGCCAGCAGCUCUGCUGUGUGAGCUGCGCAGCGCUGCGCAGCGUCCCCGGGGCGGUGGCAGGACACUUGUGCCCAUGACAUCAGGGGCAGGGCACAGGCGGUUCUUGUGCAGCCGGAGGACGCUGUCAGUGCUGCCAUUGAUGUGCGGUGCCCCGGGCGGAGCGGGGCACAGACGUGCCAGCUUGUGCAGGCUGCCAGCGCUGAUUGUGGAUUGUGCCGCGGGUUUAACCCCGGCACCGACUGCGGCGUGCGACACCUCGGAGCACAAAUCCCAUGGGAUGCUGCCUGCAAACAGCCCUGCAGCAAACUGGGAGGGAAAAGGACAGGGGAGGGUUUUGGGAACGAGCCCUGCCAGGCAGUGCUUAGGGGAUUUUUUUUUUUUUCUGCCCAAACCCUUAGGAUGCACCUUGUCACUCCCAGUUUCACCCAUUCCGUGAUCCUCAUCCCCUUGGCAGGAGAUGGUGCUGGGGCUCUGUGUGCUCUGCCCACAGCCACAGGUUAUCAGCAUCCGACCCCAAAUGCAACUCUUAAAAGGCCCUGGGAGUGCUGCUCAGAGGAAGGAAGGAAUUUUAUUUCAGGGAAAAGAAUUAAAAACUAAACAAAGCAAAGCAACCCAGCAGCUGCAGGGGAAAAUGUACAUCUGCAACCAUGGGGUGCAAGGAGAUGGGGCCAAGAAUGUGAUGGGGUAUUAGUGCUGGCACCACAGAGGGGAAGUGUUCUGAGGAAGCACAAAGAACAUUAAACUUUUUUAGCUUUUAAAGGAUCAAAGCUGAAACAGCUGCUUUGUGCCCCCCCCCAAAACACCCUGCUCCCCUGUGGGGCUCUCUCUUGGUCUGGAUUGGCCAUGGCACUGUUGGCUCAUGAAGGCUUUUAGUGCUCAUUUGCUGACCCAAAGCCUCAAAAUAGGAUCAAAUAUGAUUCUCCUGAAUCGAAAAACUGCUCCACACCAUUCCUAACACCAAGUGUGGAGUGGUGGCUGUGAGCCAUAGUGGUCACCCCAGUGUGGAGGUGAUGGUCCCUGAUGCCCAGCAGAGCUCUCCCCAGCUCCCCCUGCACCAGCUGGAGCUCUUCAUCCCAUCCCAGUGAUGGGGAGAGCACCUGGCAGGAUCCCCAUUCCCCAAUAACAGGGGCAGCAGGAAGGAGCCCUUGGGGACACACUGGUGGCCCUGAGCACCCCAAAGAGGACAGGCAGCUGUGUCUGCUUCUCCACAGCCCUGCCCAUGCAGGGAGGGGACAGUGCUGUGACACCCCAGCUCCCCCAAGGAAAGGUGAGUGCCACCAGAUGGGAAGAUUGGUGCACCCUUUGCACUGCAAUAGUCAACCUGUGGUCAUUUGCUUUAGGUUUUUUCCUUCUUUUUUU